CUGGAAGCGUAGUGUGACGGCGGCCUUGGGCGGGAAAGUAGGACUGACGGCCGCUGUCGGAGCUUCGUCCAGCCCGUUGUUCACACCGUGUGACCGGCUAUCUUCUGUCCUUCACAGGGGCCGUGUGAGGAGAGCGGCGGUCUGCAGCAAUGGCCGCGCCUCCGCCCGCUCCCGGCCUAGACGCUGUGGUGACGGUGAGCGGCUCGGUGCAGAAGUACGUGAGUAAGAAGAAGAAGGUGCUGACGGCGGAGGAGGCUGAGCUGUAUGAGCUGGCGCAGGCGGCCGGCAUUAUCAUGGACCAGGAGGUGUUCAAAAUAAUUGUGGAUUUAUUAAAGAUGAAUGUGGCUCCGCUGGCAGUGUUCCAGAUGCUGAAAUCCAUGUGUGCUGGACACAGGCUUACAGAUCCUGUCUCUGCUGAGGCAAAUUCUGCUGCCUUACUGACUACACAUUCAGAUACAAGAGAACUUCCAUUUCUCACAGUCAAGAACAGUAAAAUUCCAGCUCCACACUCCUUUUCCUCUUCUUAUCUUCGAGCACCAAGAAUUAAAGGAGCUAAGAUUGUGGUCUACAGCCCUGUCGAUGCUUGUUCAGCUCUUACUCAAGGUCCCCCUGGUUCCUUCCAGCUUUCUUGCUGCCUGUUCUCACCAUUUGCAGGAAGAAAUAAACUGAACCCUCCAACAAAUGCAAGUCAAGGCCCAGCUGAACGGAGCAGUCGCGAAGGGUCAAGUCAGCGAGUGCCCCGCCAGUCUAGUGCUAGUCGUAUGCAGAAGAGCAGCAGCUCAGGGAAAAGCAGUGGAGGAAGCAGCACAUAGUGCAUUGUGUUCAUAAUCCAAAGAAUUGCAGCAUUCACACUGCAUUCACAACUGAAAGCGUUCGCUUCAUUUACUGCAGCAUAAGUAGGGGGUGGUCCUUUAUGACAAUCCUUCCCAAAACUGUAUAAAAGGUUUAUUUAAAAUCUAGCUGAAUUACAGAUCAGAAGCAAAAGCUACUACUGAGAUGAAGUAUCAGUUGCUUUAUUUUAACUAAUGCCAAGUCUUACUGAUAUGUUCUCUUCGUAGGAUUUUCCCUAAUGUCUUGUUAAGUACUGUUUAUGUGCCUUCCUAUUGUGUUUAUAGGGUGUGUUUUAGCCUGAUUUGCUGCUAGUCCAGCUGUGUAAACCUCUGGCAACCAUGUAGUACUUGGGUGUAACAAAUCUGUUUACAUGCGAUAGUUAUCGUUGUUAGUGCUCAUAGUCUUCUAAAUAGAAAGUGCUGAUGGCAUUUGGGCCUUUAAAUACUGUGCACAUGGAACUGUGGAGUCUGUAAGCCAAACUUCCAACUCUGUCCCAUCUAUAAAUGGCUCAUGUUUAAAGGGGUAGUCCAGUGGUGAGAAACUUAUCCCCUAUCCUAAGGAUAGGGGGAUAAGUUUGAGAUCGCAGGGGGUCCGACAGCUG